AUGGAAGUGGACAGCAAUGUUGAUGCAAGUAAUGUAACUUCUGGACCCGGAUCUGUUUCAGUACUUCUGCAUCCCCUUGUUAUUUUAAAUAUUUCGGAGCACUGGACGCGCAAUAAAGUGAAAGAAAACUCAACUGCUGUCACAGUGUAUGGCGCUUUGCUUGGUAAACAAGAGGGACAUCAUAUUGAAAUAUCUAAUUCCUUUGAGUUACUCCUAGAUGACUCACAAACAUCAGUUAACUCUGGUUUUUAUAAAACCCGUGAAACCCAAUGCAAGCAAGUGUAUCCAGACCUAGAUAUAAUCGGUUGGUAUACUACUGGUGGACCUUUCAAUGAAAAAGAUGAAUUAUUUAAUAGACAGAUGCAAGAACUAAAUGAAUUGCUUCUUAUAUUAAAAUUGGAUCCGCUUCAAACAUGUGGAGAAAAUUUACCCAUCCGUGUUUAUCAGUCAGUAGUGGACAACGAUGCGAAAGUUCAGCCUAGACCGGUAUCAUACACCUUAGCAACCGAUGAAGCUGAACGUAUUGGUGUUGAUUAUGUUGCACGUAUUUCAAUGUCUUCCACCGGGCAAAAAUCAUCUAUGACGGCUGAGCAUCUGCUUGGAAAUUAUCAGGCUAUCCAGAUGUUAAAUAGUCGCCUUCAACUAAUCAGAAGCUAUAUAUCUGCUGUCGCAUCAGGAGAACUCCCACCAAAUAGAGCAAUGCUAAGAGAAAUCAAUGCUUUGAUCAAACGUGUCCCACUAAUGCCUUCAACUGAAUCUGCUAAAGGCAAUGAUCAUUUAUAUCGUCAAGCUAAUGAUGUGUGUUUAACAGCACUUCUUGCAAGCAUAACUCAAGGUCUACAUACAUUAUACGGAUGUAUGGUAAAGACAGCACACGCAGCAGAUCGUAGAUCUAUGCCUAUGGGUAUAGGAAUUACAGGCUCAAGUCGUUUUGUUAAAGUUUCUCACGUAAUGAAUAAUUCUAAUUAG